UCCACUGGCAGCGACAACUAUUACGGCAUUCUCAAAGGUCCCCAUCCAAGAAAUCCCCUUCUGAAGAUCAUCAUAGCAUCAUGCGCCUUUCGAUGAUCUGUAUUUUCCUACUGGCAAUUUUCCUUGCCGCCCGAGCAGAUGUAUCUCAGUUGGUGAGAUCCGGCAAUGGAUUCGUGUACGACGUUCCCAAGGUCACGGAAUUGGAACUGGAGGUCAGCAACGAGUUUCCCACCGGUGAGGAGUUCCCCCAGGAUGCCAUUCCAGUGGCUCCAUCCGAUGCAGAACUUGGCCAAGCUGAAGAGCCCGAGGAACCAGUUGUGGCCGCCGAAUCCAGGAGUACUCCAUCCAAAAAAAUCAACGGCUACAAGUACCAGAUUCCCAGCCGGCGCUUCAAGAGCUAAAGACCCACCUUAGUAAUUUGAAUUUGUACCAAAGUUUCGUAAAGAUAAUAAAAAAAAAAACA